AUGCCUUCCCACGAUAGCACCACCGACGUCGAUGUCGAGUCGGAGGGUGAUCGGAUCAAGGAUGAAACUGAUCGUGCUGAACGUUCUGGAAGAAUCACCUUUGAAGAGGCAGCAGCCGCAGAGGGCUUUCGAUCGAUCUACCAACCAGCGCAAUUCACCCGAACUCGCUCCGUGAGCCGGGAUACAAUUCGCAGCAACAGAAGCAGCCAGACUGCAGCAACAGCUGGCCUGCCCAUCGAAUUCCGAACCCUCUCUUUCCAUAUCUCCGAGUCCCAGAAUGUCCCCAAAGAAAAGGAAGUCGUCUUCGAUCCCGAAUCCGCGAAGAAAGAAAAGCCACUCCACCAAGACUACUUCGAGAACCUCGAAUUCCAUACUGUGACCACCGAGCGUCUUUGUCAAGAGUUCAAUGUCGAUCAGCGGACUGGACUCAGCUCUUCUUCUGCAGCUACUCGUCUUCAACGAGAUGGAAAGAAUAUUAUUGCUCACCAUGGAGAGAACUAUUUCAAAAAGAUUUUCUUCUAUAUCUUCGGUGGAUUCUGCUCUGUGCUUUGGGUUGGAGUGAUCAUUUUCUUCAUCUGCUGGAAGCCACUCAGCAACCCGCCCUCCGCCCAGAACCUCGCUUUGGCUGUGCUUAUUCUCAUCGUCAUUGCUCUGCAAGCAAGCUUUUCGGCCUUCCAAGACUGGUCCACUAAGCGUGUCAUGAAUUCAAUCCUGGACCUCUUACCUGCAGAAGCUAUGGUCUUGCGAGACGAGAAGCUCAUCCGUCUCCCUGCUACUGAGCUAGUUGCAGGCGAUAUCGUACAUAUUGGGAUGGGAAACAAAGUGCCUGCCGAUAUGCGUCUGCUACAGAGCUCGGGUGAUGUCCGCUUUGAUCGGGCUAUCUUGACCGGCGAGUCGGAUGAGGUUGAAGGCGCCAUUGAAUGCACAGAACCAAACUUCUUGGAGACUCGCAAUAUUGCUCUCAUGGGAACAGGUGUUACCAACGGCAAUGCGAUCGGUAUCGUUGUCUUAACCGGUUCUCGCUCUGUUAUGGGUCGCAUUGCUUCUAUGACAGCCGGUGUCAAACAAAAGGCAACCCUGAUCCAGCAAGAGAUUAACCGAUUUGUGAUUAUCAUCGUUGCGCUUACAAUUUUCCUCGCUCUGUUGAUUCUGUUUACUUGGCUCGGAUGGCUGCACAAGGAUCAUCCCUCCUACAUGUCUGUUGUGGCCAUGCUGAACAAUGUCAUGGGCUGUGUGGUUGCUUUCAUUCCAGAGGGAAUGCCUGUUGCUGUUGCCCUCACUCUCAUGACGAUUGCGAAACGGAUGAAGAAGACCAAUAUCUUGCCAAAGGGACUUUCCACAGUUGAGACUCUGGGUUGCGUGAACGUCUUGUGCUCUGAUAAGACUGGAACUCUUACCCAGAAUCGCAUGUUUGUCAAGUCUCUCGGAAUGCUUGACUGGGAAUACGACGUGGAAGACCUCGCUCCCCGUGAGCUUGAGACUGCUCAAAUUCCUGAGGGCCUGCGCAAUACUCUUCGGGCCUCUGUUCUGUGUAAUGAUGCAUCAUUUGAUCCGACCACAAUGAACAAACCCAUCCAUGAACGUCUUGUCAAUGGAAAUGCCACAGAUGCCGCGGUUCUCCGAUUUGCUGACAGCGUCGGCAUGACAUCGCCAACAGCUUUGGCUCCAUAUGAACGCGUGCACCAGAUUCCAUUUAACUCGAAGAACAAGUGGAUGCUUACACUUCAUCGUGAUCCAAAUUCCACCAACGAGUUCCUUCUCUAUGUCAAGGGAGCUCCCGAUGUGCUACUCAAUCAUUGCUCUACUUACUGGUCUGCCAUUCACAAUGCAAUCCGCCCUCUGGAUUUGGAGGCUCGGGAAAAGCUUUCGAACUUCCAGGCUAAGCUAUCACGACGGGCAGAGCGUGUUAUUAUCAUCUGCCAGCGCCGCUACACUCCCCGUGCUACACCUGGUACAAAUGACUUCAGCGACGAAAUACUCGAGUCUGGUGUGAACGACUUGACCGUCCUUGGUAUCUUCGGUAUCAUUGAUCCACCACGUGAGGAGACUGCCGCUACAGUCUCGGCUUGCCGAAAGGCAGGUAUUCGUUUCUUCAUGGUGACUGGUGAUUUUGGCCUGACAGCGGCCGCUAUCGCUCGUGAUAUUGGUAUCUACGAUGGACAAGCCGAGCCAGAUAGUGUGGAUGACUUGAACGACGGUCUUGAUUCCAAGCUGGAAGUUAAAGUGCCCAAGUCACGACACAGUCUGCUCCUUGAAGGCCCCAAUCUUUCUUCAUUGACUUCCGAGAAUUGGGAGACGAUCUGUGGCUACGAUGAGAUUGUCUUCGCUCGCACCACUCCCGAACAAAAGCUGCGCAUCGUGACAGAGCUACAGGCCCGUGACUACGUCGUAGCAGUCACAGGUGAUGGCGUCAAUGAUGCCCCAGCUCUACGUGCAGCAGACGUCGGCAUCGCAGUCGGAUCAGGUAGCGACGUGGCAAUUGAGGCAGCAGACCUGGUCCUCCUGGAGCGCUUCGACUCUAUUAUCGAAGCCAUUCGCCUUGGUCGACUCGUCUUCCAGAACCUCCAAAAAGUGAUCGCCUACCUUCUCCCAGCAGGAAGUUGGUCUGAGAUCUGGCCAGUCAUUAUGAACGUCUUCUUCGGCUGCCCAUCGCCCCUCAGCACUUUCCUAAUGAUCAUCAUUUGUGUUUUCACGGAUCUAUUCGUAUCCCUCUCCCUGAUCAUGGAACAAGAAGAAUUCGAUCUCCUCAGCCUCCCACCCCGCCGCCCAAAGAAAGACCAUCUCAUCAACCUCCGCAUCUACGGCCAAGCUUACCUCUUCGUCGGUGUAAUGGAAGCCUUCAGCGCCCACGCAAUGUUCUUCCUCUACAUGUGGCGCCACGCCGGAAUCCCCUUCUCUGAUCUCAUCUUCUCCUUCGAGAGCUUUACAGAUGGGUUUCACGGAUACACCCAAGACCAACUGAACCAUUUCACGAGCGUGGGCCAAUGCUGCUAUUUCGUCGCGCUGGUCAUCAUGCAAUGGGGCAAUGUUCUCUCAGUCCGCAGCAAACGCAUGUCUCUACUGCAAGCCGAUCCUAUCCGUCCUGCUCGACGGAACCCCUGGUUAUUCUUGGGUAUUCUCAUUUCUCUGGUCAUUGCAAUCUUCGUCACAGAGGUUCCGGGCUUGCAGAACUUGUUCAGUACUGCUUCCGUUCCCAUUGAGUUCUGGCUGAUUCCGCUCGGCCUUGCCAUGGGCAUUCUGUGCAUGGAUGAGCUGCGCAAGGCCAUUGUGCGCCUUUUCCCCAAGGGACCUGUUGCUUGGGUUUCAUGGUAA